GAACGCACGGAAUUAGACGAAGGCGCUAACAAUAGUGUGACGUCAUAUUAGAAAGACGUCGUUUGUUCUUAUCAAACUAUUGCAAUCAAUUUAUUUCUGUUUCUUACCACGCAGCUCGCACAUGGAUGUGACGUCACAGUGUCAGAUCGAGUCCAACUCGUGGAGCACCUUGAUGGAGCGGAGGAAGAAACUCGCAGCCGCCCGAGAGAGAUUCUUCAGUCACACCUACCCGACAGAUAACAACCUCGAUGAGGUGGAGAUCGACCAGCUCGCGCAAGAAGUGGUAACCAAUGUGUUAAUGGAGCUGGCUAGAGAAUGGCGGGAGGCGUUCCGGAAGGAGCAGAACAGACAAAUGGAUAAGAUUCAGUGUUUCGAGUGCGACAAGAACUCUCCUGUGGCGGAGGUAUGCAUGCCUCAUAAACUCGCCGGAAGUGUGACGUCGAAGCAUAACGAAUCCAAAACGAUGCUGAAUACAUUUUGGGAAAUUCUACUGCCAUGUCUUAAGGACAAAGAGAAGGGAAAUACCAUGGAUCAUUCGUCUCUUAAACACAGAAAGCGUCAUUAACAUUAUUGUUUUUACUAUAGUAAUUUUCAAAUUAUUUAUAAAAUUAAUGAAUUUUGUUUUAAAAUGUAAAUUUUUAUUUUAAAAAAUAAAUAAUUAAAUAACCACAA